AUGGUGCCUUGGAGGUUACUCUACGCUGCGAUUACUACAGGUUUACUGUGCCCUUCAAAGUUCUUACGAGCCAGUCUCUUGUACACCUUAGGAUCGGUUCAAGAAUCCACGCUCAAUUACCGUAGUGGAGGGAGUCUACCAGUGUUCAACAAUCUGAUUUGCUUGUCUCUGGGAAGUGAUCGACCUCAUGGCACUCCAUACAUCUUUUGGAAAAUGCUUUCAUCUCUGCUCAUCAACUCAAUAAAUCUACAAACUCUAAUCAUCAAG